GUAGGCCGUUACCAACGCCACAGGCAAACCUUGGUGUCAACAUGUGGCAGGCGGACAGCUCGAGACACGCGGAAAUCGACAGCAAAUAUGGUGGUUUGAGCAGGCCAAACCACCGUUGUUGUGGCCUAAACAAGCCUCCCAAGCAGCGUCAGAGAGGAUCGUCCUGCCACUACGGCCCUGUGACCGGACCGUCCAGGCCCGACAGACAGCCCCGUCUGAGACUAACAGAGAGAAAUAUAGAUAGUGUGACAUAGCUGAAAGAUGAAAAUUCGAAAAUACUCUGAGAUAAAAAAGAAAGAAGUUCACUUUUUACACAGACUGAUUGAUUGGCUGCUCGCUAACAACAGCUUGUUUUGGAUGCCUGCCUCUCUGUGGACGGGGUACGGCGAUCGGGCCGUGUCCGAUCUCUCACUAUGAUGAGAGUUCGACUUGAGAACUUGCGUUCCUGUGAUGAUCUCUACGCAGAACGCUGCGGCUGUGUAGGUUGGCGGUCCAGAUUAACUUCUUAGUUAACUCAUUUCUCAAGAGAACUGUAUAAACCCGAAUAUGCACACAAAGAAAAUAAGCACUGUACCACUGCCAGUGCUGAUUACCCGUAGCGUUGGAUUCAGUGACAAAUGUAUGGUGAUCUCAUGUUGUAGUUGCCGUGUUUUUUAGCGCGCUGUUAAAAAUAUAUAUAUAUAGAUAUUUUGUUGUUAUUGUUGUUGUUGUUGCUGUCGUUGUUGUUGUUGUUGUUUUUCGUGUUAUUUUCUUCUGUGUUGUUGUUUUCAAUCUUUACAAUCCUUCCUUUUCGUCCGUCCACGAGAGAGACUGGUAACCUCUAGAUAGAAGUUAGAGGCAGACUCCUGACGGGAGUGGAGCCUAUGAGUCACAGCACACGUUGUCCCGUUAUGACCCCCGCAGUCAUCAGUGGGUCUUCUGAAUCAAUCUACGUACUGCGCGCAGGCAGCGCGCCGCCCGGAGGAAAAGUCUGCUCCUUUUUACGCCCCCCGCUGACUGAAUGGAAUGACUGACUACGGCGAGAUGGGGAGACAUACGGAUCAGGCAGCCGUUAGCGACAAAGUAGUGCGUCCGAAAGAGAAAAUCAGACAGAGAAAGAAAGCGAGCGAGCGAUUGAGUGAAACACAACAUGACUUGUUAUUGUUGUGUUCUGUACUGUUGCUGUCUUCUGUGUUUUUUUUUUAUUCUUCUGUUGUUCAUGAUAUUCUCGUUAAUGUCGUUAUUUUGAAACGCGCUAAUGGACUAGACAACGGUGAUCGGACAACGCGGCCGGAUAUGAGACAGUAAAACGCGUACGGAGAUGAUGAUUGGCCAAACUCCCCCUUUGAAACAAUCGUCUGAGACCGACUAGGGACCGGCGGGAGCUGCACAUCCGGGGUUCCCUUACGAAUCGUAUACGCUUCUCUUUGCAAUUCUCAACAGACAUGAUCUCUCCGAUACCAGCAACAAGAAAUUAUAAAAUUACUUCGAGAAUAAAUUCUGUUCUGCUUACUAACUCUAAACCGUUCGACAAAGCAAUGCUAUGAAUCUGUGCUCACAUAGGCUCACUGGAAUUUUGAUAAUGAAAAAACGUCGUUGACGUCUCUAUAACAUGGCUAACAAUUGUCUAUUUUAAAUACAUAUAUAUAUAUAUAUAGCUUGGUAAAAUAUAUAUAUAUUGAAAAGCAUAGUCAUUAUGGCAUGAUUGUAGCUUGCUUUUUUUGCGAUGUUAUCGUCGAAGAGCUGUCGUUUUAAUACAGAGAGCCAAGAACAUCUGGUAAUGGUGGUAUCCCGUGCCCGAAUACGAGACAAUCUGUGAUGCAUUCAUCUGCUUCUCUGUACAGCUGACGAACGAUGGUUGGUACUGAUGAACCGCACUCGAUUGACACCCGACUGAGCAGCUGCGAACUCUUUUUGCGUUGUAUAUCUGUGCGAUCUGUCUGUGUGUGUAUGUCUGUGUUAUCUUCUGUUGUUGUUAAUUCUUCCUUCUCAGUGGAUGUGUCGGCCCUGAAGGCGUGUGCGAGCUGGGCACUCGGUUUUCGGUCCGGAUAACCGAAAAAGGCACCCCUGCUUAAACGGGCUACUUUCGUGUACCGGCGUGGUGCAUCUCCAAUCAAUUGUAUAGCUAAUUUUUUUCAGCCAAAUUACAACUAGUUCAUAGCCUUUAUUGCUAUUAGAACAGACUACUAAAGAUAAAACAGAUAUAGUAAAUAUAGUAGCGUCCGUAGGCUUAGCUCAUUGUACAUGGCAGACUGAUGUUCGCGCCAUAAUUGUAUAAUCGCGUUCCCAUCUGAGUGUAGUAUGCACUGAUUUUAGUAUAUAUUCAAAUAUUAAAACUCUGGCUAAAACCUCGGCACGCACCUACGGACACACUGCUAAUAUCAUUACUUACUGAAGUUUUUUGUUGAAAGGAUACGUCUCCUUUAAGCAUAGCAGUUUGUCUCCUGUGGAGACAAAGAAGAAUUACUCUCGAAAAGUUAACAACACCUGAAGGUGCAGUGGGCCAAAGAGCUAUCUUUUCCUACCAUUCUUCAAAUCGUAGCACUAUUUGAUUUUGAACGCACAAAAUCCGUCAGUGCCUGAAGUUUUUAGUCCUAAUGAUUGUAAUGGACAGGUGUGGUUAUUAGUGUACCUGGCAUAAAUAUCUGCCUAUCUUUAUUGGCUAUGGCCUUCUGGCAGAAAAUGGUGGGCAUUUAAACAACUACUAACAUAACGAGAGUAACUAUGCCGUGUGACAAUUUGUGUUUAGCGCUGUUUUAGCAGCUGGCCGUUUUUGCUGCUCUCUAUCGUCCACAAUUACAGUAGUGGUCGAUGUCGUACCCGAUGGAUUUAUCUAUGGAGCCUAGAAUCUCUGAUCAUCAACAGAUGAAGACAGCAAGUCACCGCACGGGUCAACUGGAUCCUGUGACACUCCAGGUGGCCCUCGGAAGUUGUCGAAUGCGUCCAGACCGGGCCGGUUCUUGCGGGUCCAGGUGCGUUGAAGGCGCAAGCCCAUGUGACACUCGAGAAAAUUAGGUCAUUCCAAAUGCCAGAUCUCACACCCGAACAGAAGGAAAUGGUUGACAAAGCUAAAAAGUACGCCAUGGAGCAGAGUAUCAAGACAGUCAUCAUCAAACAGACCAUGGCACAUAGUCAGCAACAGAAAAACCUUGAACGCUAUCAGGCGUUGGUAUUAAUGUGUCGCAUAUACGUCGGAAGCAUCAGCUACGAGCUACGCGAAGACGCUGUCCGCACAGCUUUUAAACCAUUUGGACCUAUAAAGGCUAUUAACAUGUCGUAUGACACCGUUACGCGAAGACAUAAGGGAUUCGCUUUUGUCGAAUUCGAGCUCCCUGAGGCGGCUCAGCUUGCUCUAGAACAGAUGAACGGAGUCUUUAUGGGAGGACGAAGCAUUAAGGUGGGCCGACGUUCCAAUAUGCACCAAGCAGCGCCCAUUCUCGAGCAGAUAUUGGAGGAUGCCAAGCAGUCGUCACGGAUCUAUAUAGCUUCAAUUCAUCAGGAUCUAAGUGAAACGGAUAUUCACUCUGUGUUUGAAGCAUUCGGCAAAAUCAAGAGCUGCAAGCUAGCUCCGGGUACACUUCCGCACGAGAAACACCGUGAAUACGGGUUUAUACACUAUGAAACGAAUCAGGCCGCAUCGGAUGCCAUCACUUCGAUGAAUCUGUUCGACUUGGGGGGCCAGUUCCUGCGUGUAGGUCGCGCCAUCACUCCAUCCGAUUGUGCCCUUGGUAGUCUCGGCGUUGUUCUCCCCGUAGCCCCAGUACAAGCUGGACCACUACCCACAGCUGCGGCGGUCGCAGCCGCCGCCGCCGCUGCGAAGAUUCGCGCCCUCGAAAGCAGUGGACUGCACACAAAAGCGAUACCAACGACUGGGACGCUUACAGCUGGCCGUCAACCUGGAAAUGGCGUUCCAACUGUACCAGGGCUCCCAACUGCCAACCCACUGCUGCCUGGACUUGUCACGCUUGAUGCUGAUGGCAAGCCGAAGGUCCAUCUUCCCCCACCAACUGUUCUAACGUCGCUUCCGCCUAUUGGUGGGGCGGGGCCCGUUCCACCGCCGACUGCAUCGACGGGUUCUCCUCCAGAGACCAAAAAGCCUAUGUUAGACGAGUCUCUGGAGGAUGGCCGUGAGCUGCCUUUACCGCCCGGUGAUUCCGAGGACACCGAGCGAGACGUAGCGAUCAAGGGCGGCGGGGCCCGGCUGGCCGUCAUGAAGAAACUCAUGCGUACCAAGACCCGUGAGCAGUGCGUCAUGAUUCUCAGAAAUAUGGUCGGCGAGGACGAGGUGGACGAAGAUUUGGAGCCGGAGAUCUCAGAAGAGUGCGGCAAGUUCGGCACAGUGAACAAGGUAACCAUAUACAAGGAGAAACAAGGUGAAGAAGAGGACGCUCAAAUUGAGGUUAAAAUUUUCGUCGAAUUUUCGAAAACGUCAGAAAUGCAUAUGGCUAUUAAGGCUUUGCACAACCGCUAUUUUGGGGGGCGACAAGUUAUCGCUGAGAUGUACGAUGUCUUUUUGUUUGACAGUGGUAACCUUUCCGCUUAAAUGACCUUCCCAAAACGUGAUUAGAUACCAAUAAGUAGCUUUUUGGUUAAUAGUAGGUUAACGCACACCUCUUUAAAUCAACAUUAUUUGUUUGAUUUAAAUUGGGCGUCAACCUUAAGGGUACCUAUCUGCAUAAGAGGCGAUAUGGCAUGUAAAAGCAUGUAGCAACGUAAUUUGGUGUUUUGACCGAAGAGUAAUAACGGCGUCGACAAGAGCUGCUUUAGCCUCUGUGCUUUACUUAUUAAUGCAAUUAUUUUUUACCACAUUAUUAGUGCUGUAGCUGCGACCUCUUCAACUUCUUUUUCUGCUAUUGACUCCGGCGCUGCAUUUUCGUAGGUAGUAUGUUUUUCCAAGUUCGUCCUCCAUAUUGAAAGCUUAUUGUUAAGCCUGGUUGCAACCCAAGUUGGCAUUAUAUGAAGAAUAUUUGCAACAAACGUGAGUAAUAGUGGAGUGUGGGAAGGAGGAGGCGAGACUAUAGUUUGAAUUGACUGAAGUAUAUAUCCUGGGAAAUGCCAGUUUCGACAGUUUCCUAGAUAACCUUGUUUGAAUAUGGGAAUAUGUAAACAGUAUGUGAACGUAUCAUUAUUUGAAUGUCCUCUCACGUAGUUUCAAUAAUAUAUGGUGUUAAGACAAAGUAGUAUUAUUACAUUAGAACGUGCUUGGCACAGGCUGUCUCAAAGGCUACUAUUAGUGGGCAAUCAGCCAUCAUAAAUGAAUUAUAAUGUCGUGUGUUAAACGUCUAGAUAACCGUCAAUGAAGCGAAGGUACCAGUUGGGGAUAGUCCACCAUACUUUUUCCUAUAAGAUGUCUAAUCGGAUGGGAGUGGUCGUUAAUCUUCGGGCUAUUUGCGAAUGCGUCCAAGCAGGUCGGUCAUCAUGUGAAUAUCUACCUAUGAAAUAUAUUAACCUUAUUGUGUGCUGAUAUGCUUAAACGUAGGCAGUCUGAAAUGAAUUAAUUCAGAGAAUUAAUUCUUGAUUGAUCUUAGGCAGAUCAAUCUUGCUAGCGUCUAAAUUGUGACAAAUUUGUCUCAUUGACAAAGACGACAAAUCCUCUCCUUGGAGUAGAACGUGUAUAUACUAUCUCACUGCCAUAACGGUAGUGACGCUGUAUUAAAUGCAUACAAAAUAUCUAUAACAUAAUUAUGACAUUAUAGUAUUAAUAAAUCCUGUAAAGGCGAUACGUAAUGCG